ACCAGUCCCCAUUCGCUGGCGUACGACGCAGAGCAGCCCGAACAUUCUGCUGAGCUUCUUCUUUUGUUCUGCACCGAAACAGAAAGUCUCCGAGGCUCUGAAGGACACGUCGAGGGCAUGUAAACCACGCUAGGGUUCGUUUUUUGGGCGAUCUAUCGCUUUAAAGGCAUCUUUUCCCGGCGCUCGUGUAGAAAGCACUGCAGUGAUCUGCUAUUGCGGAGGAAAAUUCUGCAUCGGGAACUCCCUGCGUAGAGCAACUUUCACCAAUAAACCGACGAAUCUGCCGCUCACGUUUAGAGAGAGAGAGAGACAGAGAGAGAGAGGAGAGAGAGAGAGAGGCUUGAACGUGCUGCAGAAACGCUGCUGUUCUGCUCUGAAUGUGGCGGCUCAGUGCAGGAUUGUGAUCCACAACGAGCCAAAGUUUGACGCAGAACCAACAUGAGAGAGUUCGUGUGCUUCGUGCUGCUGUGUGUCGGCUGCUCCUCGCCUCUGUCCGUGUCUCCGGAGGAGGCGAGCGAGUUCCUCCGCAGACACCGGAGAGCCAACCAGGUGUUCGAGGAGACCAAGCAGGGUCAUCUGGAGAGGGAGUGUGUGGAGGAGAGGUGCACUAAAGAGGAGGCGAGGGAAGUGUUCGAGAAUGACCCUGAGACGGAGUAUUUCUACCCGAAGUAUCAGGCGUGUAUGGAGAGGUUUGGAGACUCUGAGAAGAAGAAGCAGGAUCUGAUCACGUGUGUCCACAACAUUCCAGACCAGUGUUCUCCUAACCCCUGUAAUCAUUACGGUACGGUGCGCUGUGAGGACAAAAAGGGCGAGUUCCAGUGUCAUUGUUUCACAGGAUGGAGUGGUGUCAGGUGUGAGAAAGAUGUGGAUGAGUGCAGCAGAGCAAACGCAGGAUGUGAGCACCACUGUAACAACACCAUGGGCAGUUACCGCUGCUCCUGUCGUCAUGGAUACACGCUCUCGGGUCACCACACGUGUCUGGAUGUGGACGAGUGUGUGAAGACUCCAGACAUCUGUGGAUCCGCUCGCUGCUCGAACCUCGACGGGAGCCACGACUGCUUGUGUGACGACGGCUUCGUCUACGACAACAUCUCCAAGAGCUGUGUAGACGUGGACGAGUGUGAGACGGAUGUGUGUGAGGAGGAGUGUGUGAACACACCCGGGAGCUUCCGCUGCUACUGUGACGGACGACAGGGGAAGAGACUGGGACGAGACUUCAGGAGCUGUGAGCCCAUCGAGCUUCACCGGUCGCUGGACCUGAGGAGGAACCCUCGCUCUCUGUACCUCGGACGCAUGUUCAGCGGGAUCCCUGUGGUACGACUGCGCUUCCGCCGCAGGGUUCACACCGGGUUCACGGCAGAGUUUGAUCUCAGGACCUACGACCCUGAGGGCGUGAUCUUCUUCGCCGGUGGCCACUUGAACAGCUCCUGGAUUGUUCUAGUGAUGCAUUAUGGGAAGCUGGAGCUGCAGCUGAAGUACGGAGCUGUGAGUCGAGUGACCAGCAGUGGACCGCAGGUCAACGACGGCCAGUGGCACAAGAUCUCGGUGGAGGAGCAGGGGCGGAGCCUCGUCAUCAAGAUUGACAGGGAGGCGGUGAUGAAGAUCGCGGUCAACGGAGAUCUGUUCACGCUGAAUAAAGGCAUGCAUGAGCUCAACCUGACGGUGGGCGGCGUUCCCUUCAGAGACGACGGACUGGUCAGCAGGAUUAACCCUCGCCUGGACGGCUGCAUGAAGGACUGGCGCUGGUUGACCGGUGAGGACACGUCCAUCCAGGACACCGUCCAGAACAACGAGCGCAUGCAGUGUUACGCCGUCGAGGACCACAGCGCCUUCUACCCCGGACACGGCUUCGUCUUCUUCAACCACAGCCACGGAGACAAUCAGACUCUCAGUGUCCAUGUGACCCUGCGCCCGGUCUCCUCUGUAGGCGUCCUGUUUGCUCUGGUUCGUCAGGACAGAGUCCCGUUCUCCAUCUCUCUGUCCGACUAUCAUCCAGGAACACUCAACUGGACCGAGCACGUGCUGGUGUCUUUCGGGGACGUGGUGGCGCUCAGUGUCCCGGUCGCUCUGUGUGACGGUCAGACCCACACGCUCAACGUGACUGUGUUGGGGAACAGCUCUCUGCUGGAGGUGGACGGGCAGCCGGCGCAGACGGAGGGGACGGAGAGCGCAGACGCUCUGGAUCUGACGGCGUCUUACAGCACCUUCAUAGGAGGCCUUCCUGACGUGUCUCUGGUGUCCGCGCCGGUCUCGGCCUUCUUCACGGGCUGCAUGGACGUGCGGGUGAACGGUCAGCUGCUGGACGUGGACGAGGCCCAGCACAAACACAACGACGUCCGCUCUCACUCCUGCCCUCUGCUGGACGCACAGCAAUAACAGCAGCUGACGCUCCGCACAUACAGCACAGAGCCGCUAGACAUGUAUUACCCGCUUUAGACCAAUCAAACACAAGCUACUGAGAGCGUGCUGUGAGAUACUGUAACUGUACAUAGGCCACUGUAAAAUGCUUUAGAGGAGGAUGACUAAAAACACCCGACUACCAUUAAAGGCCUUCAGGCUUGAUGUAGGUGCUCAACUUCAUCAUCAUCAUCAUCAUCAUCAUCAUCGUUCGGGGUAGUUAGAGUUUUUUUUAGUCCUUCGUUCGAGUUUGUCUUUUUAUUGUUGAAGUUUUAUAUUUUGUUCAUGUAUGCUUUGUGUGUGAGACUGAAACUAAUAAAGGCGGAUGGUGUUGUUAUGAUGA